CGCACCGCGCACCGCAGAGUGGCGGCAGUUCCCUGUUUGCAAGCCAGGGGUCCCUCCUCGUAACUGGAAAAGAGGAGGCAAUACAAGAGGAGCUUUUUUUUUUGCAGUUGUUAAUGGUUUCCUAAAAAGAAAAAAAAAAUACAACCACCGCCACCUCAAAAACCAAGAAAACCGAGCGCAGUCAUCCUGAGCCGGCAUGUUAAACGUACGUCGGUGAACGUGGGUGAGAGAGGAGAAGAGCCAAACUCGAAGACCACAAAACAAAACUCUUAACAGCCGCAUAGUCAUUAUAAUAACACAUAACACCGGCCGAACUUGUUGUGGGUGAAAACUAAAUGGUAGACUACCACUGAGUCCAUCCGUGAUGCCUGAGGUUCGGGACCUUUCUGAGUCCUUGCCCGAACUACCGAUGGACCCGAUCACUGGUGUUGGCGUGGUGGCAUCCCGCAAUAGAGCUCCAGCAGGCUACGAAGUUGUUUCACAAACAACAGAUGGCCUAGAUGCUGAUCUCUGGAAGGACGGCUUAUUCAAAUCCAAGGUCACGCGAUACCUCUGUUUCACAAGAACAUUCUCCAAAGAAAAUAGUCAUUUAGGAAACGUGCUGGUUGACAUGAAGCUAAUUGACAUCAAGGACACUCUGCCAGUGGGUUUUAUUCCAAUUCAAGAAACAGUAGACACACAGGAGCAGGCAUUCAGAAAAAGACGACUUUGUAUAAAGUUUAUUCCACGGGAUUCCACCGAAGCUGCUAUUUGUGACAUCCGCAUUCUAGGAAAAAGUAAACAAGCGCCACCCCAGUAUACAUUCAUAGGAGAGCUGAACAACAUGGGCAUCUGGUAUCGAAUGGGAAGGGUGCCUCGUACGCAGGAGCCAGCGGUCCUUCACAGCUCUGUUUCUCAAACUCCCAUUUCAUCCCAAGCACCGCUUCCCAAUCUGCCCAAACAUAUCUCCAUGACUCUGCCUGCCUCUUUCCGGGGAAAAAACAACACAAGGCCUGACUUUGAGCACCAGAACUCAAACAUCUAUACCAUCUCAGCAAUGGAUGGCGUGCCUUUUAUGAUUUCGGAGAAGUUUGCAUUUGCCUCAAAUGAUAUGCAGCAGCUCAAUUUAAUGGGAAUUACAAUCAAAUCCCUGGAAGAAAUUGAGAAAGAAUACGACUACAGUUUCCGGACGGAGCAAAGUGCAGCUGCCCGCCUCCCACCGAGUCCCACCAGGCUGCAGGAGAAUCCGGACUCUUGAGGAAGAACAGCGGCUUUCCUUAAAGAGCAAAAGGGAUGUUACUACUGAAUUCUGCCCCGUUGGCGCUGCAUUGCUGGGCGUAAUCUGCGUUUCUUUCCUUUCCGUUUUUUGAAUAACUCCUCAUCUAACAAAGCUGCCUUUUUGUUUCAUCCAUUGUCUUUCUUUAUUGGGAUUUGAAUACUUUUUUUUUUUUUUUUUGCCUGUCCUUAUUUGUAAAUGAUAAGGCUCACUAUAACAUUGUGUGAUUAUUGUGGUGGUAACAUUUUCAUCUUUUUAGCUCGAGUGUUGUAUUUUACUCAGUUGAGUGCUGUGGACGCCGCUGCCUGCAUUUGAAGGAAGUCGCAGCCAGUUGUGUGAAGUUUUUUGCGGACCUUUCUUUACAUCCACGUGGAGGAACAAACAAAACGUCAUCCUUUGUUAAGCCACUUCAGACUCUUGGGAGACUCAGGUACGAGAGCCAAGCCAUGAAAGGUGCUUUUAUUUUUAUUUUUUCCCCCCCACGUUUUUGGGGCCUGUGAAAUUUUAUGGACGGAUGACGACGCAGGACUUCUUCUUCUCUAGGACUCGGACUUGACACGAGAGGACUCUUCUGAACUCCUUAAAGGGGUGCAGAGGCCUCCCUCCGUGCUCAGCGCUUUGUCUCACACCAUGGAUGUGACGCUUGUCUCCGGUGUCGGGACUGGAUCGUCACGACGGACCACCACGCUGAUUAUGGUCCGCCAUUAGGCACCACGGCAAGCGGUGUGGUGAAGCAGCGAGCCCUGCGUGCAGAGUUUUGUUUUCCUGUUGUUUGCUGUUACCUGCUUCUACUGACGAGCCCACGGCCGUGAGUGAGUGUGUGUGUGUGUGUGUGUGUAAGAGAGCGUGUGUGUGUGAGCCUGAUGUACAACACGUAAUCAAAUGUAAACCACUCAGUUUGCCUCCGCGUCUUGGAGACACUGCUUUGAGCCUAUGCAAAUUCAACAGUGCUACAGUUUAUCUUGAUUUCAUUGUGGUUGUGUUAUGUUACAUUUGUGUCCAAGAAGAGUCGUGUGCACAAUGUGAGCGGUUUGAGGGCGGCUCGUCUGCUUGCGUCGCUGCUCUGCCUGCUGAUAUUUAGGCCCGCAGGUGAAUGUCCACCGGCAGAAUAUCACGCACCCCCUAAGGCCUUCGGUGACUUCAAGUUCUGCUGCUCUUGUUGAUUCGUUUUUAUGUUUCUCUUUAUUAAGCCAGUAUUAUUUCUGCCAGUUGUGUUCUUUUUAUUUAACUCUAUCUCAUUAUUGUUCUUUCUUCUUCUCAAGUGGGGUUUUGCUUAUUCAGUGAACCUUGAGAGACGAAUGCAGUGCCAUCUUCUUGAUCCCCCCCUGUAGGUCAUUCAUAUGCACUGCUCUUUGUUGAGAUUCUUUUUUUUUUUGUGUGUGUGUUUUGGUGGACGUUGACCACAGCCAGUCACUUGGUGACGGCGGCAGACUGUCACAUCUGGUGUCCCUUUGAGGCCAUCUGUGAACGUUUGCACAUUUCUGGACAGCCUUCUCCAACUUUUUCAUUUUAUUUUGCACACAUUUUACAGACACUUGUGGCCCAUUCAUCCUAUUGGUCUUGUCUGGUAGAGUGGCAAGCAAAAAUGACCCGCCAGAGCCAGGAGACCCCCACGCCACCCCGCUAAGUGGACGGGCGGCACCUCCUCUGUUUGCCCAAAUGUCAAAAUGGCCGCCCGUGUGGCACUCAUAUGAAGGAGCCACAUGGGUCUUGUGCAUGUGAACUGACUUUAUCGAUCAGUCAGGUGAUUUCUUUUACCCCGACGCACGGACCCCUGUCAUAGCUGCUUUUCAUUCCACUGUGAAUGUUUCCAGCGUAUCGCAUGCCAAGUGUGGCAUUGAACUCCUCAGUCAGACGUUGGUUUCGUUUCUUGUAUGUUAUUUUAUUUAGUUGGAAUCAAAUCUGAAACACUUUGAUGUUCUGCGCCUUUUCAGACUGUGAACGAGAGACCCUUCCAGUCCUCUGGAUUUGCUUUCGAUUUACUUGUGUGUGUCGAGAUCAUUGGUGUACAGCCGAGUCUCAUCUGUGUCCCCAUCUCGAUGUGUAAGGUGUGUGUGUGUUUAUAUUACUCUCUCUCAAUACAUACAUACAUAUAUAUAUAUAUAAAUUAAACUUUUAACAGUUCUUUAUUAAUUCAGUGCCCUCUUGUGUUCAAGCAUUGCCUCAAAUCAGUUAUAUUUCUGUGUAGCCCUUCAAUUAACCACAUUUUUUAUUAUUGCAUUUUAUUACGUUUGCUUAGCCGAAGUAUGAAAAGCCAUUUUCCUCAGAUUCCUCUUAUCAGUCCUUUCCAAUGUUUAGAUUAAAGCUAAUAUCGCGUUUUUUUUAAUUUCCUGGAAAAAAAAAAUCUUUCCUUAAACCCGACUUUAAAUGUGCUAAGCAUCUGUGGAAUAUUUUAUGUUGAAAGUUCUUCUGACUAACUUGCAUGUAUUUUUAAAAUGUGUAUUAAGAAAGCAGAUGCUUCUGUAUCCAAAACGCGCGUGCGUGCGUGCGUGUGUCUGUCUGUGUGUGUGUGCGCGUGUGUGGCUGCCAUUCAUAAGCAUUAAAAAGCCUGAAAAUGGAAAAAACAAAAGCCAUUUCAAGAUCUCUGUACUCGUUGAAGGCAGAAAGCUGCUAAUUUAUGCAAGUGUGUCUGCCUUGAAUUUUUAAUUCAUAUUAAACAAAAAAAAAAAAAGUGUGCUUCCUAAUUAAAGUAUUUGUAAGGAUGCCCACCUUCACAUGCACGUGGACUCUGUAUAUGUAGAGACACAGCUUGUGAUAUUUCAGUUUCAAAUUUCUGAUUGUUUUGUUUUCAUUGUCUAGACGUGUGCAGCACUGCGCUGUCUGUCUGUCUGUCUGUCUGUCUGCACAGACUCUCCGGUCCCACCAGCGGGUCUCUCUCUCUGUAACACAAUUUAGGUGCCAGGAGUUGAGAGGGCAUCGACUCACAAGGUGAGCUAAAGCCGCAGGUGGUCUGUCGAUUGUGGCCUGGCUGGUGACAGGGACCACCACUGCGCCGCCGUCUGGCAGGUCGGCCUCUCCUGCUCUUUGCAAAUCACAGCCAACCUUCUGCCUCUGCACAGACUUCACAAAUGAUGCACUCGCUCGCAUUUCUUUUAUAAGGGUUUUUACUUUUCUAAGGACUAACUUUAAAACCACUAUGGAGGCAGCGUUACACUUGGCUGCUACUAACUCUGAACCGGAACAAAAAAAAAAAACAAUAAAAAAGACAACAGUUUGCACAAUUCCUAAAUGGCUGUCUGAAAGUAAAACUUCUCUACUAAUUUUUUUUUUUUUGCCAUGUUGAAAGUUUUUGCAGUUCAUGAAAGGUUUGUCAGUAUGAACUUGUAGGUAUUGUACCUUUUUAUAUUUAUUUAAUUUUCUUACUUUACAGAAAGGUUAUCUCAAAGUGUAAUUCUUAGUGUGUAUUAAAGUGAUUGGAAUAAAACCUGUUUUAACGAA